ACGAGCCAAAACUACCGUCAUUUUUCAGUAGACCCAUCAGAUAGGAAUAGGAGGGGGCCAAUCCAUAUCCCUCUUUCUCUCUCCACCCCCGAAGAGAAUCUAGGGUUUGUCUGCAACAGUGAAUCUUUUCCUUUCCCGUCUGCUGCUGGUAUAUCUGAGGAGUAUGUGAGGUUGCUUAUACUAUCAUAUUACAGAGGGGCUUAUAUUUUCUGAUAGCAUGGCGACAGAAAGUCCAAUAAGAAUGUCGGAAACUAGUGGAAAAUGGGCUCCUCGCAAGAAGACUGCAAAACUUGCACCUUCAUCUGCUAAUAUGGCAGCAGAGGAGUUGAAAUUGCUUCUUAGGGGCCAUAAGUUUCAAAGCAGCGGACAGGAUGUUUCCCCCAAUCGAAGUGGAAGUGCACCCCCAAGUAUGGAGGGUUCGUUUUUGGCCAUCGAUAACCUGCUGUCCCAGCAGGACUCGAGCAUGAAUGGAAGCUUGGCAACUCUAGGUAGUGUUAUUGAAAGGUGUGAGACUGAGGAACAAUUACGGGCUGAUCCAGCUUAUUUGGCAUAUUACUGUGCCAAUGUCAAUUUGAAUCCUAGACUUCCUCGUCCACUUAUUUCAUGGGAGAAUCGACGUCUGGCACGCAAUAUUGGUAGUUUCAGCCAGAGUCAGGGACCUGUAGAUGGGAGUGGCAAUUUUCUGUUGCAUAUGUCUCAAGGAUCACUUCCUACACACAAGGAAGAAUCUGAGGAUGAUCAGUCUUCCCAACUCUUUUCUAAUGAUUGGGUAGAUCAGACAAGUGAAGUUUGGUUGGGAGAAGGUGCUGCGUCAUUGGUAGGCCAACACCAAAAUGUGGGUGAUUUAAUACAGGAAGAUUUUGGUUGCUCUUCACCACCUGUCCCUAAUCACUCUCAUACAUUAGGCAAGGAAGUACCUGAGGAAUUCAAUGAUCACAGUACCGAUUCCAGUUCCAUGCAUGAUCCUGCUAUUAAUGUGACAACUACCAUUAAGCCCAGCGUGGAUGCAGAAACUGCUGAUGCUACAGCGCUUUCACCAAAUGACGAUUCCUGGCCCGCCUCUGAAAUUUCCAGGAGCACAGCUGUUAAUGAUGCAAGUGUUGCGGUCAUUGAAUCUGAAAUGAAGGCUCUUAACAUAUCGGACUUGAUAGAGAAUCAAAAGAAACAAGAACAAUGGGAGCGCAGUUGCCAGAAUCAUUUCUUGCAGCAGCAUCAGCAACAAAACAAUUUUUUUCAAGUUCAAAGUGGCAAGUCGCAAAUAACCUCUCAAGGAACUGACGGUACAUAUGUUAGCAUGGAUCAGUAUCUUCAUAAUACAUCCAAGUAUGCAGCGGAUGUACAACCAGUUCAUCAGACAUCUGGGUUCACACCUCCACUAUAUGCAACUGCAGCCUACUUGAAUUCAGCUAAUCCAUAUUACUCAAAUAUUCAAGGACCGGGCUUUCUCACUCCACCAUAUCUUAGUGGAUAUACUUUGAAUCCCACUGCCUUUUCUCCAUAUAUUGGUGGAUACCAUCCUCCGGGUGCUGUUCCUGUGGUUGUUGAUGGAACUGUGGGUCCAAGCUUUAAUGCUCGAACAUCUGGGGUUGCAACUGGGGGCAUCCUCUCACCUGGUGCUGAUAUGCAACAUUCAAGCAAGUUCUAUGGUCAACUUGGAUAUCCGCUGCAAACUUCUUUUUCUGAACCUAUGUACAUGCAAUACCACCAGCAGCCUUUUGUGGACUCGUAUGGUGGUCCAAGACAAUUUGAUCCAUUGGCAUCAAGAGGUGGUGUUGACUCAAAGAAAGUGUCCAGUCACGGUUCUUAUUUGGAUGAACACAAAAGCCAACAUCAGAGAAUUGGAAACAUGGGGAAUUUGAACCCACAAAGAGGAGGGUCAAUGACUCCUAACUAUCUUGGAAGUGCACCAAAUGUUGGUAUUUUGAUGCAGUAUCCAACCCCUCCCCUUACUAGUCCAGUUUCGCCAGUACCCCUCAUAGGUUCAGGUAUAAAUACUGGCUUGUAUCCUGCAUGGCCAAGGCACAGGGGCUUUGAGAGUUAUGACGACCCCAAGAUUUAUAAUUUCCUUGAAGAGUUGAAAUCUGGCAAAGGCCGCAGAUUUGAGUUAUCUGAUAUCACAGGACAUAUUGUUGAAUUCAGUGCUGAUCAACAUGGGAGUCGAUUUAUUCAGCAGAAGUUGGAAAACUGUAGUGUUGAAGAGAAGGCUUCUGUAUUCAAAGAAGUUCUCCCACAUGCUUCUAAACUAAUGACUGAUGUUUUUGGUAACUAUGUGAUUCAGAAGUUUUUUGAGUAUGGAACCCCUCAGCAGAGAAAAGAACUUGCCAAUCAACUUUCAGGUCAAAUUUUGCCUUUAAGUUUGCAGAUGUAUGGCUGUCGUGUAAUCCAAAAGGCACUUGAGGUUAUUGAACUUGAACAGAAAGUGCAGCUUGUACAUGAGCUGGAUGGGCAUGUUAUGAGAUGCGUUCGUGAUCAAAAUGGAAACCAUGUCAUACAAAAGUGCAUUGAGAGCAUUCCAACAGAAAAAAUUAGGUUUAUAAUCUCUGCUUUCCGUGGUCAAGUUGCAACACUUUCAAUCCAUCCUUAUGGCUGUCGUGUUAUACAGAGAGUUCUGGAACAUUGUACAGAUGAGCUGCAAUGCCAGUUCAUAGUUGAUGAGAUCUUGGAGUCUGUUGCUGGUCUUGCCCAGGACCAGUAUGGCAACUAUGUCACACAGCAUGUAUUGGAGAGGGGAAAACCUAAUGAAAGAAGGAAAAUUAUUAACAAGUUGUCGGGUCAUUUCGUACCUCUGAGCCAGCACAAGUUUGCUUCAAAUGUUGUUGAGAAAUGUUUGGAAUAUGGUGGUGCUGCAGAACGAGUAUUAAUUAGGGAGAUCGUUGGGCAUAAUGAAGGAAAUGAUAAUUUGGUAAUGAUGAAGGACCAAUAUGCAAAUUAUGUGGUGCAGAAGACCCUUGAAAUCUGUAAUGAUAGUCAACGGGUGUUAUUAAUUAAUCGUAUAAGAGCUCACACAAACGCAUUGAAGAAGUACACUUAUGGGAAGCACAUCGUAGCACGGUUUGAGCAGCUAUUUGGAGAAGAAAAUCUAUCAGGAUCGUGAUGGGGACGAAGGCAAAAUAUCCAAGAAAGUACCUUCAGUGAAUCUGUGGUUUGUCAAUGCAUACAGGGAAUGUGUAUCCCAUGGAAAUUGAAGAGAAUAGCAUGAGAUUGGUUUACUGUGGCACCCUGUUCAUGGGAGCUGUGGCUUGGCCGUGCAGCCAAGUUGUCAUGUGGCUUCAUGUGCAAUUCGACCAUCAGUAAGAGGGGGUUGAUGUUUCGUUGGUAGGUAAGUUGGUCGGGUUGGUAGUUGCUAGUAAAUAUAUGUUUUAUGGUGAAGAAGUAUAUACUUACGUACUCAUAGGACGAUUUGAUUGCCGUACAAUUCAGUGAUUGUAGUUAUUGGUAGGAAAAACCUUGAUGCUGUAUAUCUAUUUAGCACAUUAUUUGUUGCAAAUGUGUGGUUUUUGUGAUAAAUUGUAGGCGUUUUUGUUUACGACCGUAGAAAAAUUGCAACACGGUCCCCUCUAAAUAAACGUUUCGUUGGUUCAAA